AUGAAAAAAAAGAAAGAAAACACAGAAAAAAAUAUCGACUCUUUGGAUGGAGAAAUAUACGAGGUAGAAAAAAUUUGUGAAGAGUUUGUGCAAGAAAAUGGGAAUAUUCUAUAUAGGAUAUCAUGGAAAGGUUAUUCAAAAGAUUUUGAUACAUGGGAACCUAUUGAAAAUUUAAUUGACUGCAAGCAUGCUCUUGAAGAUUGGAAUCGGUUUAAAAACUCUACAACAUUAAAAAAAAAACGAAAGACUCUUGUUUUAAAUAAAUAUAGGAAAAAAAGAAAUGUAUAUAAAAACAAUUCACCUGAAGACGAUAAAAUCAGUGAAUUAUCUUUAAAAAAACCUUUUUCUUUGAAAAACAUUUCAAAAUCGGAUAAUAUAAAGAAUAUAUUUAAAGAAAAUCAAAUAAAUAAUAUAAAAAUUCUUAGUGACGAAGAUUUAAAUACUAAAGAAAAUAACGCAUCUGAAUUCAAAUUAAAAAAUGAUUUAUCUCUUGAUAUUUUAAAUUCCUUUAAAAUAAAUUCCUUUAAAAAUAAUUCAUCAGAAAUAUUUUCUACAGAAAAUUGUUCAGUUGAUUCUAUUAAUAAAGAAUCGCAAUUUAUUUCUGAAAAUAAAACACUAUUUACUAAAAUUAAAGGAAAUCAAAAAAAGCUUUUUUGUAGCUCAUUUAUAGAUUUUUCUUUACCACAGGAAUCUAAUGCAUUAGAUACUUUUUCAGCGAAUUCGGAUUCUGAACAUACUAGAAAUUUUCCUCAUAUACAAAACCAGACAAUAACUAAAUCUGAUAAUUUAAACUCUUCUAAUGCUAUUAUUAAAGUUAAUGAAUCCAUAUCUGAUCUUUACAAAAAAGAUUUCAAAUUUCCUAAAUUUAUAAAUAAACCAAAAUUAAAUCCUAUAUUACCUUUUUCUCCAAAGAAUGAUAGAAAUAUAUUUAUAGAAAAAUUGGAUAUGUUGUUAGGGCCUCCAGUUUUUCUUAUUAAUGAAGUUGAUUCUGAUCCAUCUCCUUCAGAUUUUGAGUUUAUAACUUCUUAUAAAUAUGGAUUGGGAGUAGAACCGCGAAAUCCUAUGUUUAUUUCUGGUUGUAGUUGUUCAAAAGAUGGAUGCGAUCUUAAUAAUCCCGGUUCUUGUCAAUGUCUUGAAGAUUCCAAUAAUAAAGAUUUUUCUUAUGAUGAAUAUGGAAGAAUUCGUUCUCAUACUUCAAUAAUCUAUGAAUGUAAUGAAAAUUGUGAUUGUGGAAUAAAAUGUCCUAAUAGAGUAGUUCAAAGAGGACGUAAGAUUCCUUUAGAUAUUUUUAAAACUAAAUAUAAAGGCUGGGGUUUACGCUGUCCGCGGUUCAUUAAAGCAGGAACAUUUAUAGGUGUAUAUUUAGGGGAAUUAAUAUGUCAAUCUGAAGCAGAAGCUCGUGGUAAAAAAUAUGAUCAUGUUGGUAUUACUUAUUUGUUUGACCUUGAUCUUUUUGAAGAUCAGGUUGAUGACUAUUAUACUAUUGAUGCACAAUAUUGUGGGGAUGUAACACGAUUUAUAAAUCAUUCAUGUGAUCCUAAUCUUGCUAUUUAUACUGUUUUAAGGGACAAAAGUGAUUCUAAAAUAUAUGAUAUAGCUUUAUUUGCUAUUAAAGAUAUUCCUCCCUUGGAAGAACUUUGUUUUGAUUAUAGUGGUAGAAAUAAUGAAGAUGAGUUAGGAUUUGUUGGAAGUUGUUCAAAUUCUAAGUACAUAAAUCUUAAAAAUAAACAGCCUUGUUAUUGUGGAGCAUCUAAUUGUAGAGGGUGGUUAUUUGGAUAG